UAUAAGAGUGAAGCUGCGAUAUGCAUUUAGUAUGUACUGGUCGCCAGUCCUGCACUCCACUACUCGACUAACAAUAUGAAGCUUCUAGCAUUCGUGUUCGCCCUGUGCGCUGUGGUGUACACAGCGAGCGCCGGCUACAUCAGCCGCGGCUGGUCCUCGCCCGUCGUCGUGGUGAGGAGGAGCUACGGCGGCUACGGGGGAUACGGCGGAUGGAGGGGCGGCUACGGCGGCUGGAGCGGCGGAUACGGCGGAUACAGCGGCGGAUACGGCGGCGGAUACGGGGGCGGAUACGGCGGAUGGGCCGGCAGGAGCGGGUGGAGCAGCGGAUGGUGGUAGACAAUAAUGUCAAUAACUACUUCGGGCGACAACAUUCCUUGGACGUACCAUUAUUUCCACACAGUUACGUACUUCGUCAAUGACUGUUUACUUGACAAAAUCUGAGAAUGUUAGAAAUAAUGUUACUAAACAUAUCAUUGUCUAAGUGUAUUAUUCGAUUCUGUUCUAUGUAAUUACAUGGGAAAGAAAUACAUUUUUUAACAUUCACACUGACUGGAGGUGCUCGCCCGAAGUAUCAUUCAACUGUAUGGAAGUGUGACAACAUAACAAGAUCUUGUGUACAGCGACCGUCACACAGCCUGCCGAGCCAACCAGCGACCAAACCUGUGCCAUUAAUUUUGCAACCAUCUUCUCAAAUUCACUCGUAGGAUAGAAUUGCAUACUUUCAUAAACAACGUGACGAGAGUAAGUUAUCGUUGUUCAAGUUAUAUUUAGAGCAUAUAUUUCCUCACAAUCAUCAUUGUAUAUAUUCUUUAUUUAUUCUGUGAUAUUAUAAUAUUAAGUGUUUUCGAGAGCCAAUAAAACUCUUCAGUAAACUUA